GCAUGAGACCGCCGUGGCACAGCUGCAUGUAUAUUCAUUCUUGAAGCAAUUGCACACUUUAUUGGCUGACAAUCUUGCCAUUUUUAGCAAAUAUCUAUAUAUAAAGACACAGGGCGUCUGUGUUUGACUUGUCAGACAAACUUUUUUGGGUGUCAUCUGAUGGAGCCUUCUGGUGGUGAACAAUUUUAUGAUGACCCCGACCUUGGAGGCAAGUCUCAAGAUCAAGAGGCCAAAAGGCAGCAUGAGUCAGAGCAAAAGUUGUCUAAAAUUACCCACAAUGCCUUGGAGAAUAUUAAUGUGAUCGGUCAAGGUUUGAAGCACCUCUUCCAACACCAGCGCAGGAGGUCCUCAGUGUCUCCACACGAUGUGCAGCAAGCUCAGGUUAAUAUGGAGCCUGAAAUGGAAUUGGAAAGCCAAAGCACAUGUGCUGAAAUUGAUGGUGUGUCUACCCACCCUACAGCUCUAAACAGAGUUCUUCAACAAAUCAGAGUGCCACCUAAAAUGAAGAGAGGAACAAGUUUGCAUAGCAAGCGGGGCAAGUCAGAUCUUCCAAAGGGAAGCCCUCAGAUCAACAGGAAGUCUGCCCAGGACAUUCAUUCAGGCCGACCCAGAUCCUCAUCGACUACUGAUGCUCCUAUUAACUUACCUGUGCUAGAGAUGGCAUCUCCUGUUUAUGUAGCUGGUGAAGAGGUUGCAUCGGCAGACCAGGUGCAUUGUUUGGAAGUAAGUGCUUCUAGUUGCAAGCUGAUAACUGAGUUUUGGAAUGAAGAUAAUCUUAAGUGCUUUCUACACAGCCUCAAGUGUCAGUCUUGA